AUGUCUGUGUUUGCAAGUAUUGAUGAAUUAGCUCAAAACUCGUCAAGUUUCUGGCUACCUUAUAACCAAGAAAACACCACUGUGCUCCUUCAAGGGUUCUUACAAGAAUCAAACAAUGCAGGGGUAACAGAAGAAAACUCAUACAUACUGUCAGCGAAGUUUUUAAUUCGGCUGAAUAAACUUUCAAAAACUCCUGAAGUUAUGAGUAAUGUUGAAUGGAAGCUUAUUGAGCCAUUCAUAGAAGAAAAUGAGCUAUCUACCCGCUAUGGAUUUACCUUAGGCCAUAAAGAAAAAUCCAAAGACUUUUAUGUUAAUAGUGAAAAUGAGUUACAAAUUUGGCUGGAAAGCUUGUCAUCAGUCGGAAUUAUGACUGGAAUAAAAGAUAGCUUUACAUUUGGAAAAAUCAUUGGGAAUGGAGCUUUUUCAAAUGUUUAUGCCGCGACUUGUAUUAAGACUGGAAAAGAGUAUGCAAUUAAAGUUAUUCCCAAACAAAAAAUUACAAAAAGUCUGGAUUCGCUAGUAAGAGAAAUUAGGAUUAUGAGAAAAAUUAAGCACCCUAAUAUUGUUAAUUUAUACAAAGUUUAUGAGAGUUUUUCAAAUGUCUAUUUGGUGCUUGAUUAUGUAAAAGGAGGAGACCUUUUUAAUAGGAUUAUCGCAAAAAAAGCCUUACCGGAAAAAACUGUGAAAAAAUUCAGCAAAAAAAUGCUUGGGGUCCUUGACUAUUUGAAAAGUAAAGAAAUCCUCCAUAGAGAUAUCAAACUGGAAAAUAUCCUGCUAAAAUCCCAUGACAAUGACUAUGAUUUUAAACUUGCUGACUUUGGCCUUGGGGCAGAAUUCAGCGAGAAAUCUACAAUGAGAUGUGGAUCUCCUGGAUAUAUUGCUCCAGAGGUGUUAAGAAAACAGCCAUAUGGGAUUGAAAUUGAUACUUUUAGCGUAGGGAUCAUUAUAUAUAUACUCCUUUCAGGAAAAAUGCCAUUUCAUGGGUCCACUCCUCAAAAAGUGUUAGAGAAGAACAGAAGCUGCAAUAUUUGUUUCCAUGAUGAAAAUUUACGAGAUGUUUCUAAGCAAGGAAUAGACUUGGUCAAAAAACUCACUUGCACUUUGCCAGAUCUCAGGAUUACCCCAGAAAAUGCUCUCAUGCAUAAAUGGUUUACAAGUGCAGAUAAUCGGUCGAAAAGUGUAUAUAUAAUAAAGAAACCAGAAUUUAAGGGACUAAAAUCAAAAUCAGGUGAAAUCUCAAAGAAGGCAAGUAAAGAAUACUCAGACCUUAAUGAGCAGAAUUUGAAGAAUUUAAGAUGGAAACUUAUGAAGCUAAAUAGCAAUCUAUAA